CGAUGGGUGUGUUACCAUUAUAAAAGCAAAGACAUUUGUUCUGUUUAAGUCAGUACAUUCAUUGAUUUUAAUAAUACGAGUCGCUUGUUUUAGAAGUUUUUGUGUUCACACCGAAUAGUCUAAAAUAGUCUAAAAAUGAAUUCCAUUUUGAUUACACUUUCAACCGUGAUGGUGAUUGCCAACGCACAACACUUACCGGCAGCUCAAUAUCCUGCAGGAGUUGAUCCCGCACUUUGUCCGGGAUAUCCAAACUGUGACAAUGCUUUACUACACAAUGCAAAACAACAGCCUGCAUGGUCUCAACCUCAACCGCAAUGGUCAGCCCCAGCACAAAACUGGAACGUUCAACCAUCUGCCUGGAAUUAUCAAGCCCCUCAGUGGCAACAACCUGCUGCUAUUUAUGAACGUGUUUCAAAUGAUCUUUCAUCGGGAGGCGACAAAUACCCAGCUGGUGUCGACCCAAAUUCGUGUCCAAACUAUCCAUACUGUGAUAUCGAACUGUCAGCACGUUCUGCUCCAGUUGUAGCUCCAUUACCUGGAUGGAAUGAACGCUUAUAUCCUGCAGGAGUGUCACCACAAGAAUGCCCCAACUUUCCUUAUUGCCACUAGUAGAGUCUGGUUGUUAGUUUAAAAUUGUAUCUCAUUUAAUAAAAAAAAAUUGCAAGAAUGUAA